GUGAACGUCUGUGGUUAAGUUUCAGGCGGGCUGAUUCAAAAAUAUAAACAAGAUGUCUGUGAUAUCUGCGCUGGAGUUUCUGAGGUUAAACGAAAUCCCAGAAGCCUGGGUGGAUGCAGUGUGGGACUUGGAGUUCACAGAGAGAAAACCACUGGAUGACACCAUAGAGGAUGAACUUGCAUUCAGUGAAGACAAGGCCUUUAGAACUCUGUACCAGUGUUUACUGGCCCAUGCUGCUGACCAACAAGAUGGAGCGUCACAGAGCAUCUGGGCAAUUCUGGGGGAGAACGGGGUGUCGAUCAAGUCUCUGGUGGCAGUGCUGUCCUUCUUUGUCCUGGCGGGGAAAGCUAAAACGGCCAACGUCCAGCAGAGGGUGAACGGUCUGCACGCAGCCUCGCUCUACCUGCUGCUGCUGGGAAUUCCAGGAAGCAUCGCCACCAAGAUUUUCCAUGAGGUUUUGCUGGACACUUGUUCAGACCUGACCUCUCACUGCUGGCCUCAGGACUCUGGAAGGAAGCGCAAGAAGGACGGCCUGAAGAGCUCUCAGGCAGAUGGCAAACGCUCCAAACCACAGCGGAAAGAAACUACAGAGAUGGAAGUGGAUGAGGCAGAGGAAGAAGAGGAGGAAGAGGAGCUUCAUUUCACUACCCAGGACUUGGUAAAGGUCAGAGCUGCUGUGGUUCUCCUGGUUCAAAGCCUCCUCAGACUCCUGCACACCUUUCCGCUCAAGGACAGACCACAGAGCGCCGGCAGCUGCACGCAGAUCUUUAGCAAGUUACUUUACUUUGAGCCGGUCAUUGGAGAGGUGACCUUUGCGGCUCCACAGGAUAUAACCAAGCUGAGGAGUGUUCCUGAGAUGGCUUUCUACGGCCUGCAGCUGCUCUGCUCGCCACUACACGGAGACCAGAAAGAAUCCCUGCGGAGGGUCUUCCACCGGCUUCUCUACGUGAUCCUGAUGAUGAAUAAAGGCAACAGAGGGAAACCCUCCCUCCUCAUACCCAACCAGGCCAUCAUCUCCACCCGAGACCAGGCCAUCCAUUUUGUUUGUCACCUCGUGGAUAAGCUGAAAGAGAUUGCCCUUCCUAUCCUGCAAAUCCUCCUGCAGCAUAUCUGCUUCCAGAUUGUGGAGAAGAGCGAGUUUCGUAGCCAUGGAGCCCAGGCUGUGGGUAUGUUGACGUCCCAGAUGGAAAGUACAGACUAUGCCAGCUUCAUCAAGUGGCUGUUCAACUUCUCCAGAAGCUCAAAGGUAACACAAUUGGGACAAUGA